CGUGUGCUCUGCAGCAACACUUUGAGGCGCGCAUCUUCGUUUGCGCGCUGCACAGCAGACCGUUGCAGGCUUGAAAAAGGGCCACAGAUCUGUUUAACCAAAAAUUCCAAAGCUCUUCUACCAUCCUCAUCUGCGCACUUACGGGCGACCCAGUCACCGCUCCUCCGCACAGCCUCCUCCUGCGUUUGUCGUUCUCGUUGCUGUGUCGCUUUUUAUCUCUUUCCACACGUCCUCGUUUCAGAGUCGUUGGCUAAGCGUGCGCCCAGCAUGGCAGCUCUGGGGAAGGACGCCAACCAGCAGACAAAUAUGGGUGUGGACUACGUAGUCAGCUUUCGAUUCGACCCGUCUGAUAAGAAGGCAGCCGUGCAGCAGUUUGAGAUGCUCGUCCAGGCUCUAGCGAGCGUGGGGCUGGCGACAGAAGUGCGCAACGGGGAAGGCAACUCACUGCUUGUCUUUGUCAAGGUGGCCAGCGAGGAUCACUUGUUCGGCGAGGUCUACAGGUCGAGGGUCAAGGACUGGAUCAAUGGCGUCCGAGCUGCCGCACCGGAGAAGGAGACCAAGCAGGCCCUCAAGGUCGAUCCACUGUACGAAGCCGAGCGCCUACGCAUCAUAUAUCAGUUGAUCACGAACCCUACAAGCGAGGGUGGAGCUGGCAUCACGCCCAAAUCUGGGGAGUGGAAGAGCGUAGAGAGCGUGUUUCCGCUGCACGAUCAUGCGGCGAACAAGAAGUUGAUGAAGAAGCUUGCGGGCAGUAUGUUCUUCACGACGGAGGAUUUGGACGAGAUCAGGGACAAGUUUGGCGAGAAGAUUGCGUACUACUUCGCCUUCACGCAGUUCUACUUCUCCUUUUUGUUGUUUCCAGCUGCGGCUGGUGUGUCGGCCUGGCUGCUGCUCGGCAACUUCUCACCCUUCUACGCCGUUUUCAGCUGCCUGUGGUGCAUCAUCUUCACCGAGUAUUGGAAGCACAAGGAGACGGACCUAGCCGUGCGGUGGGGUGUCCGUAACGUGUCAAGGAUCGAGUGCAAACGCAAGGAAUUCGUGCACGAGAAGAUGAUCACCGAUCCAGUUACGGGAGAACAGGUCCCUUUCUUUUCCAACAAAAAGCGGCUGCAGCGACAGCUUCUCCAGCUGCCAUUUGCGCUCGGCGUUGCUCUGGCACUGGGAAGUCUGAUCGCGACGUGCUUCGGCAUCGAGGUCUUUAUCUCUGAGAUUUACGACGGUCCUCUCAAGUGGCUUUUGGUCUUCCUCCCGACCGGCAUUUUGACCACCGUCAUGCCCGUCCUGGUCAAUAUCUUCACCUCGGUCGCUACGAGGCUGACGCAAUUUGAGAACUACGAGACGCAGGACGCCUACGAUACAGCUAUGACGCAAAAGAUAUUCGUCAUCAAUUUCAUCACCUCGUACCUGGGCAUCUUCCUUACUGCCUUUGUUUACGUGCCUUUUGGAACGCUCAUUGUGCCUUACCUGGACAUUUUCUCUCUAACCGUCAGACCCUUCGCGGAGAACAAACAACAAAUGGAAUGUCCACCUGCUCAUGCCUUCGAGAUCAACCCAGAUCGCCUCAGAACACAGGUCAUCUACUUCACCGUCACUGCUCAGAUCGUCAAUCAGGCCUUGGAAGUGCUCUUGCCAUAUGUUAAGCGCGAGGCUUUCUCAAAGUACAAGAAGUUCCAAAACCAGAGGGCCAUGAGCAAGGGUGGUGCUUCUAGCCUCAGUGACAAUGAUGCACCAGAAGAAAAGGCUUUCCUUGCCAGAGUCAGGCAGGAGGCCGAGCUUGGCGUUUAUGAUGUGACGGCGGAUCUGCGAGAAAUGGUUCUGCAGUUUGGUUAUCUUUCGCUGUUUUCCGUUGUGUGGCCCUUGACUGCAGUUUCCUUCGUCGUCAACGACUGGUUCGAACUGCGUACGGAUGCGUUUAAGAUCACGGCUGAGAUGCAACGCCCCACACCUUGGCGUGCAGACACCAUCGGACCUUGGCUUGAUUCCCUCGGCUUCCUCGCCUGGCUUGGCAGCAUUACCACAAGCGCGCUCAUCUAUCUCUUCCGUGACGGCGUCGGCCCGGCUGGAAGCCCCAAGGACAUCACGUCGUGGGCGCUCCUUUUGUCCAUCAUUUUCGGCGAGCACCUCUUCCUUUUGACACGCUGGGUGGUGCGCAUUGCCGUUUCCAAGAUUGAAUCACCAGGCCUGCAGAAGGAGCGACGCGAGCGGUUUCUCGUGCGCAAGAAGUACUUUGACGAAAGUCUCAGUCAGCUGAGCAGGUUGUCGCCUGUCAUCGACAAUGCCGACGAGCCAGAAUCGAUAACACGUGAAAGUCUCGAAGAAGAUCAGAGGAACAUCAGUCAGGCGGGUCACGAUGGUGUGGAGGAGAAAUUCUGGAGGCGGCAAAGGGGAUGGAGGGAGACUGCUAAGAUCGGGGCCGCUCUCAUCGAAAGGGUGCUCCCGGAUGAGGACAAGAAGUCACAGUAAUCAUUCGUCACGAUGUGUGCCCUUACGGCAAGGUGGAAGAGCACCUGGUGCGAAGCGAGAACGUUUCUCUCUUAAGAUAGGUUGACUGCUGCACGCAAUGCUCAUCCCUAUGGGUCGCUAUUUCUUUUUAAACGGCUUCUAGUAAAAUACACAUACAUGGCCUAAAGGGUCACGCCCCUGCGAACUUUUG